GUCACUGUCACUGGUAUGUCACGUCAAAGUGUCACUUUAUUCAUGAAUUGAUUCAUUUCUUGCUUGAAUUUCUUGCAAAAAAUACAUUUGUCUCAAAAUUUUCGUGUGCUAAAAUGAAUUAAAAAAAUCUUCCGUGCAUAUUACGUUUACACAGAAAUAUACUGACUGUUUUUUAGUGAGUUUUACACAGAGAAACAUAGUUCAAUAAGUACUGGUAUUUCUUUAACCUCUGUUUUGCCGUAAGCCGCUUUAAAUUACAAAAUGAAUAGUAAAGAGAAUCAAGAACUUGCUCACAGGCAGCAUGUCAAGUAUUUUAUGAGAUUUUUGAACGUUUUACCUUCAUCUCUGUCGUCUCACGAUACUACAAGAGUAACAAUAGCAUAUUUUGCCGUGUCUGGUCUGGAUGUACUUGGGUCAAUAUCAUCAGUUCCCCUAGAUAUGAGAUCCAGGAUAAUAGAAUGGAUUUACAGGCUGCAAGUUCAACCUAAUAAAGACACAGGAGACAUGUCAAUGUGCGGCUUCCAAGGGUCUUCAACGAUAAACAUAGAACUGGACGACGCCAAUAGCCACUACCGGUGUGGCCACCUGGCUAUGACUUACACUGGGCUGUGUAUACUGCUGGCGCUGGGCGACGACCUGUCCAGGCUCAACAGGAGAGCGCUGAUUGAAGGUGUGAAAGCUCUUCAAACAGAAGAGGGCAACUUCGCGGCCACGCUGUCGGGGUGCGAGUCGGACAUGCGCUUCGUGUACUGCGCGGCCUGCAUCAGCUACAUCCUCGACGACUGGUCCGGUUUCGACGUCACGAAGGCCACCGACUACAUCAUCAAGUCGAUCGGUUACGACUACGGUAUAGCGCAAUGUCCAGAACUAGAAUCUCAUGGUGGAACCACAUUCUGCGCCCUCGCCACGCUCGCGCUCACCAACCAAUUGGACAAGCUAUCUGAAACCCAAGUGGAAGGCCUGAAGCGAUGGCUCCUCUUCCGCCAAGUCGACGGCUUCCAAGGCAGACCGAACAAACCAGUCGACACUUGUUACAGCUUCUGGGUAGGCGCAUCCCUAAAAAUCUUAGACACACUACACAUGACCAACUUUGCCAAUAACAGAAGGUACGUGUACGAAACGCAGGACGUUGUCGUCGGCGGCUUUUCAAAAUGGCCGGAUACCUGCACCGAUCCCAUGCAUACGUACCUAGGGUUGGCCGGGUUAAGUCUUGUGGGGGAAAACGGGUUGUUGGAAAUUGUGCCAACCCUAAACAUAACCAACAGGGCGUUUGAACACCUAAAGUCACUACACGAUCAGUGGUCGAAAGAAUCGUAGUGCCCACAAGUGUUUUUGUACCAAGUUUUUUAAAUGAAACGGGUUUUGAAUAUCGAUAUUGGUCUUUUGAUAAAUAAUCUAGUGAAUUGUAAAUAUGUAUUAAAGUUAUGAAGUACGGUCCACGAGUAUUAAUAUGUAUACACUUUGGUACCAUGUCACAUUAACUUUUUUGACAAAUUGAACUGUAAGUCUCACUAAAUGUCAAAUAUGUUAGUGCGACAGAGUCCUAAAGUGGGUACAUUAUAUUGCUCAUGACUGUAUUUGUUCAGUUAUACUUAUGAGAUUUACACGGAGUAGCGUUUGGGAGCGCAAUUUGGGUACUGUAUUUAAUUUGUAUACUUUAUAAAAUCCAUGGUAUAACAAAACCAGGUAUGCUAAAUCCUACUAAAAGCCGUCAUUGCUAGCCGUUUGAUGACGUAAGUGUUACCACUAUGUUACUAUUAAAUUGAUAUCUCAAACAUUUCAAGUACGUAAAUUUUAUUGUUGAAAAUUAAGCGAAUUACUGACUAAUGUAUUUAAUUACUAUUACUUGUCACAUUUACUGAAAGUUAAAAAUAGUUGUGGGUAUUUUUUUACGAAAUGGCAACGCAGAAUGUGAUGACGUUAGCUGGGCUAACCUUGAAAUGUUAGCUGUUACUUUUGACCAUACCUGUUUUUGUUAUACCAUGAUAAAAUCAAUGAAAUGCCAGUGAAGGUCGCAAUAGGGGUGUGACUAAUAGUUAAAUUAGCUACUUUUUACUGUAUUUUUUUUUAAUGAAAUACUAACACGCAAUUCUUAAUAAUAGCUUAAAUAUUUUAAAACAAUUUAUCUAGUAAAUGCCUAUGCAUUAAGGAAGAGUGAGUAAACAGCUAACUUACGAGUAUUUCGUAGUUAUUUUUAACUUAAGACAUUUUUUAACAUAACUGGUGAAGAAGAACAAUACACCCAUGUAUUGUACAUACUAUAGACCUGUGCCUACCCCUUCGGCGGUACAGGGGCGUGAUGUUAUAUUAUAUUUGAUUUAGUCUAUUACCCCUAUUACGCCAUAUAGCGUUGAUAGUCUUAUAAAAUACUAGGUAUGUUCAAAGCAAAGUUGAUUUGCUAUUCAAGUAGGUAUGAAAUUAACAAGCCUUCCUUAGCCGUACCCCUCUAGGCACAAGUUGGUAUUGUGAUUACUGAUUAGGGUUCGACGAUCCAACGGUGUUAUGUUGGAAGUUGUAUAUAUGCGUCGCGGUGUGCAAACAUCGCUUGCGCGUUUCAGGACUGUAUUCGAUACUUUGCGCACCAUCUGUUGGUUAUGGGCGGAACUAGAUGGUCAACUAGUUAGGUUCCGCCACAGUCGGUAAAAAAUAAAUGAUAAAUAGUAUAGUUACAGCAGUUGCUACCAAUGAACUUAUGGUUGUAUUCAAUUAUCAAUUUUAAAUUAAUGAUCUGUCGUUUUGACUUCAUUUUCUGUGGAGAAUAAGUCAAAAUUUAUUUUGUUAGGUACUGAAUAUUUCUAAUAGAAAUACCACUAAAAGUCUAGACAAUUGUACUGAUUCCAGAAAACUCUUAAAUUUAUUUAAGUUGACUGUCAUUUUCUUAUCCGCUGACAAGGAAAGGGACGGGUAAUUGACAGCCUAAAAAAUUUAACUCUUGUCAAUUUUGAGCAGAACCUAUAAAAUCCUUUCAAAAUGUUAACGUUGCCGUAUAAGUUGACAGCACACGUCAAACGGAUUGCAUACCAACGAGAUGCAUAUUUGAUUCGUCCGGGUUAUUGUUUUAUUCACUCCUUCAUUUUGAAAUGAGUAGUUGUUAAUUAAAAUAAAUAAAUUAUCCAUCCAUUACCUUUUCGUCGGAAAAGAAAAUGACAGAUAUAACUUAAAUCAGGAGGUGCUCUAUUGUCUGGAUAGUUAGGUCUUUGCGUUGUGAUCAUCGAUCAACAGUACCAACAGUGAGGUAACAGACACACCCUACUGACAAAUGAGGUGUUAUUUAAUUUCUUAUACUAACUGUACUUUAUCUUUGGUUAAUAAGAUUAUUAUUAAAUCGGUUAUAGAUAUUCGUAGAUCGUUCUUGCUUUUAAAUUUUGAAUUUGGAAGUAAUAAACGGUGCUAUAUUUUAAACCGAAUUCGUAAAAAGGGGUUCUAUGUUCCACUGUCCUUGACAAUUCUUUUUUGCAGUAUUUUAGUUCGAUGGUCGCUAUUGAAUUGGUAUUGUUGAUCGAAAGUUGUGGUACUUGAAAUAAGCUGGGCAAUUAAUGUAGUACUUAAAGUAGGGUUCGCAUAUACCUACAGGUGCUAAGAAAAGGUACUCAGUACCGAAUUACGUCAAAUAUUAUUAAAACAACGAUUUUCGAAGAAUUACUUAAGUUAAAUAGUACAAUAGAUUUCUCGCGAUGUGCCAUAAACCUGCGAUGGCAUUUAGAACAUGUAGAUAGGCAUUUGUGAAAAUUUUGCACAAAUAAUAAUUUGGGUGUGGAUUGUGGACUACGCAUGGACAUUUCAGUUUGGAACCUCGCUACUGAAGAAUGGUAUAUGUAUAUGAAUGUUUGUUUUAUAUAUUCUCGAAUCGCGCCUCGCGCCGCAGCUUAAUAAAAUAUCAUUCAAAUAAGGGCUUGAAGCCCUUCUUCGUGGUCUUGUGAUAGGUUUAGUUUAUAUUGACUAUAUAAAUUACCAGAUAACUCGGUGUCAGCUAGCUUGCUACCAUCAGUUAUCGAAUUAUAUCAAUUGCUCGGUAGUUGACCGCCAGAACUCGGUUUUAGUUUGGGCGUUGUUGGAGGCAGAGUCGUGUAAGUAUGGCUUAAGACCUUUAGUCAGUUUAACCGGCUUCAAAAAAAGGAGGUUAUCAAUUUUUCCGCUUGUAAUGUGGAUGUGGCUUUAGCAAGGAUGCGCAGUCCACACUCGAUAUCUAUAAACACCAUGUAAUUUAUAAGUGUUUAGUAAAGACAUGGUCUAGUCUAAGCGACCAAUGUAUAAAGUUAAUAAAUGAGCACAAAAUAUUUUCAAUUUCCACUUUUGUGAAUUGUUGUGGUUAAAAUGUGAUGGACGUUCUGAAGGGGACUUUACCUCAAUAACUUUAAGUUGUUUCUACAUUGUACCAACUCGCUACUACGUUCUGUUAAGGUUUUAAAUUGUGUAUUUUUGUUGUGGGUGCCUCGAUGGUGCUUUAUUCCUACUCAAUACAUUUUGAAUGACUUUGUUUGUACUCAUUUUGAAGUCUAUUUACAUCAACCGUUACGGAUAGGCAUCAGCUUAUGAAAAAACCCGUUAUAAUAGUUUUUGCCCAGACAUCAUGUUUUUUUUCUGGAUUUCAGCCCACCGUGAGCGCAUUAGUUUAAAUUAUUUCCUUCUUAAUUUAAAUUAUUAUUACUCGAAUUCCUAAACUCAUCUACACAGGAUGUUCAAUGGACAUAUCGCUGUUUUAAAUAGGUAAAUGUGAAUAAAAUUAUCGAAUUCUAUGAUUUUGCCAUUUCAUAGAAUCAUUUAAACUAUUUUUGUAAAUUAAUUUUUGUUCUGCAUUAUUUUUGAGAUGUUAUGCAGUAUUCGAUUUGAUUUUGGAUUUUAUGAAUUGUUGUCGUAAUUUUGAAUCGUAAGAUAUAAGUAUAUGUAAUUAUUGUGUUGCAGAAGCAUUUAUUUCGAUUUAAUUUGGUUUUGUAUAGACGUUCAGAGUUAUAAUGAAAGUUUUUAAGCAGA